AUGGAAAAGACAUGUCAUACCAUGGAGGAAUGUCUUCGUCGUGCAAGCUUAAUACAUAUUGUAUUCUCUUGGACUCUUGACGAUCUUCUCAACGAAAAUCUUUUCACAUACCAGGUACCGAAGAUUCCAAAAACUUUCUCUUCAGCAAAUGAUUACAUGAACUCAUUCUUUCCUGCAUUGAUUGAGGAAACACAUAGUGAUCUAUAUUCAAGCUUGUUGAGUGUUCCUCAAGCUUCUUUUUGCGAAAUUAGGACAAUGAAAACAUCGGAGAAAUUCAAUCCUCCGCACGAGUUACUCUAUAAAAUUACAUUGAAGAACAUUGCUGAUGAAGUGUACACCGUAGGAAAAUAUGAACCCGAGGUUGGUGAUCUCGUUGCAUUCACAAAUAUUCGACCUAAAAGUGCUGAUGACUUGAUGAGGAUCAAAAGAUAUUGUCUUAUGGCUUGUAUUUGUGGAUCAAGAGAUGAAUUUACUGAAGAGAUUACUAUACUAUUGUCCAAGGAGAUGCAUAAUAACUUUGAUUUGAGGACGAACAAAGCUCAGAAACUCUAUGUUGUUUAUCUCAUAAACAUGACCACAAAUAUUCGUAUUUGGAAAGCCUUGAACUCGGAGAUGGAAGGAUCCAACAUGAAUAUAAUUAAAAAAGUGUUGCAGCCUUAUUCAACUGUAAGAAUCACCAAUUUAUUUAUCCAUCAUAUGCUUUUUUGA